GCCCCGCCCACGCAACCUCUCGGCUCGUCCGCCUUCCUUCCACUUGUCGCCGGCGCCCCUCGAGUCACGUGACCCCCCGACGGCGGCGACUGAGGAGAAGGAGGAGAGAGUGUGAGAACGCGAUGUCAACGAGUUCCCGCGAGAUGUGACGGAAGCCUGUGGGGGACCCGGGCUUUAAUGUGCGGCUUGGCCGGCGGUCGUGAGGAGGGGUAAUACAAGGACCUGUGGAAUAUGAGUGAUGACAAACCCUUUUUAUGUACUGCCCCUGGAUGUGGACAGCGUUUUACCAACGAGGAUCAUUUGGCUGUCCAUAAACAUAAACAUGAGAUGACACUGAAAUUUGGUCCAGCUCGUAAUGACAGUGUCAUUGUAGCUGAUCAGACCCCAACGCCAACUCGAUUCCUGAAGAAUUGUGAAGAAGUGGGUUUAUUCAAUGAGCUAGCAAGUCCUUUUGAAAAUGAAUUCAAAAAAGCUUCUGAAGAUGAUAUUAAGAAAAUGCCACUAGAUUUAUCACCUCUUGCAACACCAAUUAUUAGAAAUAAAAUCGAAGAGCCUUCAGUGGUUGAAACAACUCACCAGGAUAGCCCUUUACCUCAUCCAGAAUCCACUACCAAUGAUGAAAAGGAAGUGUGUCUCCAGCCGACUGCUCAGCCUACAUCCACAAUUGUUCGUCCAGCUUCUCUGCAGGUUCCUAAUGUGUUGCUUGCAAGUUCUGAGUCCAGUGUCAUUAUUCAGCAAGCCAUACCUUCACCAACCUCUAGUACGGUCAUAACCCAGGCUCCAUCUUCCAAUAGGCCAAUAGUACCAGUUCCAGGUCCUUUCCCCCUGCUUUUGCAUCUUCCUAAUGGACAAACCAUGCCUGUUGCUAUUCCUGCCUCAAUCACAAAUUCUAAUGUGCAUGUCCCAACUGCAGUUCCGCUUGUUAGACCUGUCACCAUGGUGCCUAGUAUUCCAGGAAUUCCAGGGCCCUCUUCUCCACAACCUGUGCAGUCUGAGGCAAAAUUGAGAUUAAAAGCUGCCUUAACCCAGCAGCACUCUCAGGUAACAAAUGGAGAUACUGCAAAGGGACAAACGAGUGGAUUGGUUAGAACUCAGUCAGAGGAAGCCAGGCCACAAUCACUACAACAGCCUGCUACAUCAACUACUGAAACACCGGCUUCUCCGGCUCAGCCUGCACCACAAACUCCAAGUACAGGUGGUCGCCGAAGAAGAGCAGCAAAUGAAGAUCCUGAUGAAAAAAGGCGGAAAUUUCUAGAGCGGAACAGGGCAGCUGCCUCGAGGUGUAGACAAAAAAGAAAAGUUUGGGUACAGUCUUUGGAAAAGAAAGCAGAAGACCUGAGCUCAUUAAAUGGUCAAUUACAGAAUGAAGUCACCCUGCUGAGAAAUGAAGUGGCGCAGCUGAAACAGCUUCUUCUGGCUCAUAAAGAUUGCCCUGUAACAGCCAUGCAGAAGAAAUCUGGCUAUCAUACCACAGAUAAAGAUGAUAGCUCAGAAGACAUUUCCGUGCCAAGUAGUCCUCACACAGAAGCUAUUCAGCAUAGUUCAGUCAGCACUUCCAAUGGAGUAAGCUCAACCUCCAAGGCAGAAGCCGUGGCAACAUCGGUUCUCACCCAAAUGGCAGACCAGAGUACAGAGCCAGUGCUUUCACAGAUUGUAAUGGCUCCUCCAUCCCAAUCACAGCCUUCAGGCAGUUGAUUAAAAACUUAUAUUGUUUUUAGAUAUUCCUUAGCAACUUCAAAGGGAAACAAGGAAAACAGCCUUCAUCUAAGAGAAAUCUGUAGCUUAAAAUUGUUCAUCUGUAAAAUUCAAACUUGAAUUUGGCUUUGAAAGUUGGCAAACAGAAAUUGCACAACAGAUUAUAGUAUUUUAAUAGUUUUUCUUUCCUAGGAUUGCUUGUUAUUUUCAGUGCUCGUCAUGUGAAGUGUUGGUACAGUUGAAAUGUACUUCUCUUUCAUUUGAUGGUAUUCCAAGAAACAUUGAGAUCAGUCACUUAAUGCUCACCCCCAAAACUGUGAUAGUAAUCAUGUAACGUUUUAUACCAAAGUUCUGUGUAGAUUCCUAUUGACUUUGUAAAGUCUACGAGAUCAUAAAGCACUAGGCAAGAGAAAAAGACAGGAACAGUAAGUUUGCUUUUAGUCUUUUUGCCUUUAUAUUAUUUUGCACAUUAUGAGAGGAAAAACAUUGGGAGAAUAUGUUUGAUUAUAUUAUUGUAGCAUUUUCUUUGGCUUUUUAACUGUUUGGGUGUUUUUGAAAUAAUUUUGUUUAACAGGGCCAGUACAGUAUAUGAUAUACAGUACUUUUUAUGCACAUAUGUAAUCUUGAUCAGGGUCAUUGCUAGAUAUUCUUUUUUAAAAAAUAGAUGUCAUUUCAGCUAGCACUUCCAUUUUUAAAAUCAGGAGCUUCAUUUCUGCUGCAAAAAGAAACUCUUCAGCUAUCCUCUUCUUACUGAAGUAACAAAGAGCAGCAGACAGCUACUCAAUAGGCUUAUGAAAGAUGGAAUACUUUUCCAAAGCUAACUUGAUAAAGUUAUGGUUUCUUGAGUCUUAAACUGAGGAGUUUAUUCAUACUCCAGUAGUAUGAAUGCCAGGAAAGUUUAAAAUUCCUUCAUCAAAAACUCAAGGGUUUUUUUGGUUGUUUUUUUUUUUAACUUUUACUGUUUUCCCCCAUUUUCUUUUUUGUGGUUAUUGUCUUGUAUUUGCAAGGUAACUUGUACUUUAUUUUUGUGUAAGCACUGUUAUAUUUUAGUAGCAAAAUUUUGAUACCUUUUUUGGGGGGGAGGGGUCAAUUAUUUACCAUACCAUGGAAACAAUGUAAUUACAGUGUGGUAUGUGUGUGCACAUUAUGUGUUUCUGUAUGUGUGUGUUUGUGUGUGAGAGUGAGAUGAGGAAGAGAGAAUGAUUCAGUAGUUUAUGCCGGCAAUCUGUGCUUGAAUGUUUAAAGAUGCCUUCAAUGUGAUGCUGGCUUGAUAGAUGUUUGCAGUUUUGAAAUGCUAUUUACUGUGUGAACCUGGAUAACUAACAUUCCAUUAUGUAGUUUUGUUUCUGAUGAGAUGAUUGUAGGUACAGUUCUUCUCAUUAUCCAGUCAUCUGUAGGAUAUUGAGUUUUUUAAUGUGCCAUUAUCUAUUUUUAAUUCUGUACUCAUGUUAAAAAAAACAACAGUAUACUAUUUUAUUAUUAAGUUGUAAAAGCGCAAAAAUAAGUGUGUGCUUUCACAUCAGAAAACUGUACAACAGCAAAAUAAACUACACAGUAAAAAUAUCUGGCAGUAAAAAAAAAAGAAUUCCAUUAUGUAUAUAACAAACAUUUAAUGCAUUUAUGGUGGGUUGUGUAACUUGUUUGUUCUAUGCUCUGUUUUAACUUAGGGUGCCAUCAAACUAUGAAAUGAAACAUUCUGUUUUAAAUCAUUGAAUUGUAAUUGGUGGUAACAGCAGGGAGCAGCUAAAAUUUGUAUGAUGUACAACCAAAUUAGAACGGAUGCUGGAGGAAGUCAUCAAAUUAUGUAUAUAUCAUUUCAGUGCUUUAACUCUGAAAAUAAGAAUUUAAAUAUUUUGUGUAUUAAAAAUGUAAGGAAACAGGUUUUUGUGUAGUUUGAAAAAGUACUUUAAAUACUUUAUCAUUUUAAAAAGGAAUUUACUUUUGAAAACAAGCUUACAAAACCUAAAAACCCACAAUACAGGGAGAAAAUUUCCAGCACAAAACGUGAAAUCUGCAAGAAACCUCUACAGAUAACACCUCUAAUCCAGCUCAUUGCACUGGGAUGGGGAUAUGCUUUCAGUUGAAAGGAAUGUAGCGCAGGUAGGACAUCCAUAUUUGUAUGCAUACCUGGUGUAUAUCUUGGUUCCUGAUUAUGCACAUUUAUACAUGUGCAGAAGCCUGCUUUCCUUAUCUGGACUGAGAUGGUUGUUUCCUCAUUGUGAAUUGGGUGAACCACAUAGAUUAGAUUUGCUUAUAUUUUCUCCCAUAAAUAUGAUUGGCAUUAUUUACUAGACACUGCUAUGCUCUACUACCUCCCUUCAUUUCUGUUUGCUAAACAGUUUGCAGAAAUGAAUGGUGUUUUGCAGUAGCAAUGGCUGGUGCAGUACUGUUUUUAAAAUCUUAUUUAAUAUAAAAGGGAUUUUUUUUUGUUGUAAAGCUGUUGCUGUUAUAAAGUAAAUUAAAUAUGUGUGAGGAAAUAUGUAAAUGAUUUUAAUGGAGGGGUUAGUGAAAAUCCUGACUAUGUUUGGCAAACAACAGUUGUACAACCAUAGAUUCUGUUUUAAAAUGUAUGUCACACUACUUCUGUACUUUGCAUUCAAGGUCAUUGCAUUUGACAUGUUUCACAAACUGUACAGUUUUCAUCCGUGUGCAGUUUGCAUGAGUAAAUCAUCAGAGAAUAAAAUCUAUCUUUAAAUUGUACCUAUUGCAUUACAGUUAUAACUUCUGAAAAGCCAA